AUGACGACCGAGGAGCCCAUCCGUGACGAACUCUUCUACUUUCACUCUGUCGUAUUCCAGGCCGAGAACCGCCUAUUCAAAGUCCCCCGUUACGGCCUACCUGGCGAUGCUGCCGUUUUUGAUUCGAUGUUCGCCAACGCCACUGGUGGAGCUGGCUCUUCCGACGAAAAUCCCAUUCGCCUCGACGCAGAUGUCAGUGCCACGGACUUCCGUAGCCUUCUCAAAGCCGCCUUCCCUCCACCCGGUGCGACGACUGCAGUGCUUACAUUGGACGAAUGGAUGGGCGUGCUUGCACUGGCGAAGAAGUGGAAUCUCGAAAGUAUGAGGGACAAAGCGGUCGCUGGUUCAGACGCGGAGAUACAGAAGAGGACGGUCAUCGACAAGAUUCUCAUUGCCAAGAAGUAUGGCGUAUCACAAUGGCUUAAGGAGGGGUAUCGUGCACUUGCGUCGCGUGGCGGUCCAAUCACCUCUCAAGAGCGCGAUGCCCUGGGCUGGGAGACGUACGGGCGUUUGAUGCAUGUGCGCGAGAACUGUCGCUGUUUAGACGUCGACGAUCAGGAUGCGUCUGGUGUGUCCUUGCCCGCAAUGCGGCACUGCACUGCUUGCGUCUCUGUCCAUCGGCCAUACUGCGCAGAGAACAAGAGCACUGCGGGUACUGACUGGGGGCGCCAAUGUAGCAUCUGCGGCUGCCGUCAUAUCCCGGGCUGCUGGGCCGUUGAUACUUCUGCCACGCCUCCGCGUAUGAAAGCUGGGGGCAACCAAAACUAUGACUUGGACGCGGCUAUUGAAGAGGAAUUUUUGUUGUCGAAGUAUUUGGGUUGA